CGUCGCAUUUAUGGCACUCCGUGUUGUUGCAGGAUCCAGACAGGAUCGGGUCUUAGUGGCAAGUACUCCUGUUUCUGUGCACACCACAACUCACUCACGAGAGGGUUCCUCCUCCAGCGCACCCACCUCGUAUGCCGUUGUCUCCUUGACUCGCAGUGAGUGAGAGAGCUACGUCAGUGCCUGGCCGGUUGCAGGAACCAGGGCUACUACCACGGUAGCAGCAGCAUGAGGGAUGAUCGACGAGGCUCAUUGAUGAAGGGAAUCUGUUAGCCUACAAUCCUUCAACAGGAGGUCUUGUUGGUCUUUUAUGGGAGGGUGGUGCUGUGAAUGAGCGGCAUUUAUGAUGCAACUCUCAAGGAGAGCAUCAUGCCUCUCGAACUGAGGGCGGUUUUUCCCCAGUGCUGCAGCUGAUGAUGAUUUGCUUGCAGCCUUGAGUCGGUAAUGGUGACGGGGUUUGUGAUGUAUAGCUCAGUGUGACCAGAGGUGUCUGGUUCCUUGUGCAUGGCUGUUUCUUGAAUUAUGGGGACUGGGUUUUGUGUAAGGUGUUGUUGAGUGAGGCUCAGUGUCUGUCGCAAUUAGAAUGAUCACGGUGGAGUUGUAAUCGCUGCGUGUGGUAGGUGAUGGGGCGAGGGUUGUAGGGAGGUUGCUAAUUGUGGUAGGGACAGGGUCGCAGUCGGUUGCCACGCUUACUGUAUGUUGAAGGAAGGCUGACCUCUCUCACUGUCCCCUCACCCACUGUCACAUCAAUCAAUUUACUGGCCUCGCAGCCAAACGGCGUAGUUCCGGGCUUUCUUUAGCUCUGCACUUCUGGCAGUCGGUUAGGGGAGCUAGGUCAAUAUAUGCUCUCACUGCGGGAAGUCGUUAUCCCAACUUGAGAACUUGUCACGGUUCGUUAUUGAAGUCUGAGUGAGUUAACUCCCCCCCCCCGUUCACUGACUUGGGUGAUCAAAAUGGAGCUACUAGUCGAUCGUUCGAAGAGAUAAUGCAAAAUGCCAAACGAAGAUUCUGUAAAGAAGUCGUUUUCUAGUUUUUAAGCACUGUCAGUCACUUGACCUUUCUCAUCACAUUAGCCAUUGACUUGCGGCUAGCUCGGUUACCGAAUCUGUUACUAGCUUCAUGGCCUGGCUUUCCCUUCCUCCUAAUUCAGGUAUAGAGCAACUAGGAACCAGGACUCCAGCAAUGAAACUUUCCACUAGCAGAAAAAUGAAACUUAGUGGUAUGUUACCGGAGGUUGUAUCAGCAGAGCUAAACUUUCCUGUGAAGGAGGGCUUGCACCUUGAUAGCCCGCGGGGUCAUUUUCGCUCGUUGAGUGCUCCAGAGAAGGCUCCAAAACAAUUAUCUUCAUGGGAUUUUUCUCCUCGCGCUUCCCUUAAUCAAGCUUUGAAAGAGAGUAUUCAAAGCUGGCGUUGGAAAAUGAGGUUUAUGGGCACAGAGGACAGGAAGAAGAGAAUCCUCAACAACCGCCGAGCUUUACUUGAAAAUGAUGUAGCACAGCUCCAGACUCAGCUUGAAGAUGAGAAAGCUGUAAGACAAGGCCUUGAGAGAGCGUUGGUGGGCGUUGAAGGUGCUCCUUCAGCACAAGUACUUCUGUCCAAUUUAGAUCCUCAAACUCAGAAGUUAAUUACAGAGGUGAGUUCACUCGAGAAGGAAGUCAUGCACCUGGAGCAACAUGUCUUGACCUUGUGCCGGGAGGUACUGAACCAGAGGUUAACAGAUCAAGGACAAGGAUUACACUUCGAACCUUCAAGUCCUUAUAGCCACGCUGAGAAGAGACAGGCCUUGGCACAGCGUGGGGAGAUACGAUUUAAGUCGGAGAAGAUGCAGAUGGAUUCUCAGCCUAGGAACGCAUUUCCACAGAGCUGUCAACGGAAUAUGUCAGUAGCAGCUUCUCAGGGCUUCAAGCGACCUCAUUCCUCCAUCUCUAACGAGCACCACAAAACUCGCCACAACUCUUUGCCUGGUGGCACUUUCUACUCCAUUGACGAAGAACCUCGCGAGAUGCAGGACUCCUCCGCAGAACCACCUAUCGUCCCAAAUAUGGAGGCUACACCCCCGAGCCGUUCGAUAAGUGUUCUCAACCCUGGAAACCCAUACUCAUCCCUCCAAGUGGUAUCCAUUCCUGAGCAUUUCAACCGACAGAGUGUGAGCAACGCAUUCGAAACAUCCACUGAUCCAACCAGAAGCCUGGCAGAGCCCACCUCCUCGAACCCAAACAAGCUGUCUGAGGAGCUUGUUCGGUGUAUGGCUGCUAUUUACUGUAAACUCGCUGACCCUCCAUUAACGCAACCGGUUCCCAUCUCCCCUUCAUCUUCCACCUCUUCCUCAACCACCGUUUCCUCGUCCAAUGAUCUUUCCAAUGGUAGUUGGAGCCCUCGCUGGAGGACAGAGAGCGCCGGCUCAUGCGAACUGUCUGGAGAGUUGCCAAGCAGCUCAUUUAAGGACCAGGAAAGGGAUGGGGGUUCAGGUUGCUAUGGCUCUAUGGUUGAAGUUCCCUGGAUCUGUGUUGAUAAAGACCGCCUUCCAUAUGCAGCUCGUGCUCUUCGUAACUUCAGAACAAUGGUGGAGCAACUGGAGCAGGUGAACCCGGGGAAAAUGAACCAUGAGCAGAAGGUUGCCUUCUGGAUCAAUAUUUACAACGCACUCAUGAUGCAUGCAUACUUAGCCUAUGGAAUACCACGGAAUAGGUUGAAGCGAUUGUCGCUGCUGCAAAAGGCUGCAUACAAAGUGGGCGCUCACCUGGUCAACGCCCACACCAUCGAACAUAGCAUUCUUGGUUGUGGAUCCAUCCGUCCAUCUCAGUGGUUCCAAUCCCUAUUAUCACAGGGGACAAAGUUCAAAACCAGGGAUGAAAGGCGCGCUUACGGUUUGCACACACCAGAGCCUCUCGUCUGCUUCGCGCUUUGCUCCGGUGGCCGCUCUGAUCCCGCAAUACGAGUGUACACAGCCACGAAUGUGAAGUCAGAGCUCGAAUCAGCCAAGCUAGACUUCUUACAAGCAAGCAUCAGAAUCCGCGGCGAAAGCAAGGUUCUGUUGCCGCGAAUUCUCGAGUGGUACGCACGGGAGCUGAUGAUGAGUCCCUCGACGUUGCUGCAGCUCGUGGCCAACAAUGUUCCCGGGCAGCUUCAAGCCCAAAUCCAGCAAUGCAUUCAAGCCAAGCCCCACAAGAGCGCCGCGCACUGCCUGGAAUGGAUCCCUCACAGCUUCGGAUUCCGCUACAUUUUCGUGCGAGAGCUCGCACUCCAGUUUCCGGCGUCGGCGCAAUAGGACGGGAAUCCUCGGUGAAUCUUUCGAUGGAUUAUUCUUCUUCGUUUUCCCAGCUGCGUUGGAUCCUGGAAUUGUCUCCGUUCAUACUGCGCUGAAAUGAGAUCGGUGCAUUCAACAGACACCCAAUUAGAUGUGACCUGGUAAGACAUUUGUGGUUGGCUAGAUAGGGGCUGAGCAAACCCAUGUCAAAAAAAAUACACACAAAAAUCACAAUAGAACUAGUGUUGAUUUUCGCUAAUUUUUUUAAUUUAUAUAUAUAUAUAUAUAUAUAUAUACAUCUUUAUGUUAAUAUAUAUGAUCGUUUUUAAAAUCUGGAAACCAAGGUAUUAUUAGUUAUAUUUGUAUAAUUCAACUACAUGUGAUA